AGAGAGAGAGAGAGCGCGAGCGCGCAGGCAGACAGGCGCGUCACAAGCUCGUGGGGGGAAAUCAAGAGAGUGGAAACGGCUCGUGGACACAAUGGAUUUGCGAACGGAAGGACUUUUUCGUUGAUUAAAGGACGGAGUCUUCGAUGAGCACGAGAAACAAGGCUGCCACUUCUUAUUCAUGCAAUAAGGAGGAGAAGCAGAGGGCUAUGCUGUUUCUGCUCGUCUUUACUGCUGUUUGAUUAACCAUGAUGAAGACUGAACCCCCAUCUGCAGCCAGCGCAAGCACUGGCACCACCCUCGUAGCAAGAAGCGCAUCGCCGCACAGAAACACCUAUGAAGCUGGAAUUCAAUCUCUCAAGCUGGUAAAAGAUUCCAGUGCUGCUAACGGGGAGGAUGGGAAACCUAGACCACAGGGCCGGGGCCGCAGGUACGGCUCCAAUGUGCACCGCAUCAAGAAUAUGUUCAUGCAGAUGGGUUCUCCUGGGGAUGAAGAGGAUCCGUCGAAGGCCAAAUCCCAGUCCAUCCGACUCUCCCUCCCCAGAGCGAGCAGUCUGAAUGAAAACGUGAAUCACAGCGCGCUGCUCAAACUCGGCGGGACUGUGUCAGAGCGAGUUAGCCGCUUUGAUGGAAAGACCGACGGUGGCAGCUCCCGUGGACCAAGCUCAGGCUUCUCCAAGCUACAGGAGACACGGAAGAUAUUUGAGCAGCGUCACCUGCAAGAGAAACAGGCUGCGACUAAUCGAAUCCUGUUGAAGAAAGAGCGGGCAUCUGGCUUCCAAGACAGCCGUUUGGAUGUGCUGGUGCGCUUCAAUGGCAGCACGGAGUCGCUAGACAGACUGGACACGCUGGACAGUCGUGCAGAUGCAGUGUCCCCUACAGUCAGCCAACUGAGCGCAGUGUUUGAACGAGCAGACCAGCGCAACAACCUUCACCGACCGUCAUCAACCUCCCCGCUGCCUUCUGACGGGGUAGGCUCGACCCCAGGCAAAGUGGAAGGAAUCAGCUCAACAAUUGUCACUAGACAGGGUCGAGUCUCCCCUCCGACAGAGAAUCAAGAAGAGGAAGCUCAGUGCAAAGACCAAGAGGCUGCACCUGCAAGCUUCCAAGCUGAUGGACCCAAAAGCAAAUCAUCCGUGGAUAUGGCUUCUGGCAAUGCUGGUACGGAUUUCAGUAUGUCCAGGUCAGAAGAGAUCCAUAAUGCAUCAGGCAAGGAUUCCAAACCAGAGGAGCAUGGAGCACCAGGAGCACCGGAUGCAGGGAGCAGACUGGUACAGGCGGAUGUCCACGCCUCUCUGGAAAAUGGGGAGGCCACCAACAGCCAUGAGCUCUCAGAACAAAAGCAGGAAAUUGGACAGGCCUGCGCUGAGGAGGAAUCCCACAGAGAGGAUAUCUCAGAAGCAGACCUGGUGGACAUCAGCGCGUACAGCGGGAUCGGAGAGGACUCUGGUGGGAGUCAGCUGGAUGAAGAUGAGGAGGCUGAGGACGAUGAUGCUUACGAACCAGAAUCCAGCUGUUCGGAAAUCCCUGGGCUGCCUACAGAAGAUGAACCACCCCCCAGCAGGAAGAUUCGCUUCAGUACAAACGCCAUCAAGGUUUUCACCACAUACUCGAACGAGGACUAUGACAGGCGUAAUGAUGAGGUCGACCCCAUGGCGGCUUCGGCCGAGUAUGAACUGGAGAAGAGGGUGGAGAGACUGGACCUUUUCCCUGUCGAGCUGGAGAAAGAUAAAGAUGGAUUGGGAAUCAGCAUCAUCGGGAUGGGUGCUGGUGCGGACAUGGGCCUGGAAAAACUGGGAAUCUUUGUCAAGACAGUGACGGAAGGAGGAGCCGCCCACCGAGACGGAAGGAUCCAGGUGAAUGACCUGAUCGUGGAGGUGGAUGGAACCAGUCUGGUGGGCGUGACCCAGAAUUUCGCUGCAACGGUCCUAAGGAACACCAGCGGCACUGUCAAGUUUGUGAUUGGCCGGGAGAAGCCGGGGGAACAGAGUGAGGUGGCCCAGCUGAUCCAGCAGACUCUGGAGCAGGAGAAAUGGCAGAGAGAAAUGAUGGAGCAACGCUACAACCCCUACAUGGAAGAGGACGAAGAGACGGGCGAAUAUGCCACCGAUGAAGAAGAAGAGACGAGCCCCAUGUUUCCUAAUGCCAUCGAGGUGUUUGACCUGGCAGAGAAUGAAGACAUGCUCUCUCCUGUGGAGAUGGACCCUGAGAAACUUACACACAAGUUUAAGGAGCUCCAGAUAAAACAUGCUGUGACCCAGGCUGAGAUCCAGCAGCUCAAGAAGAAGCUGGCUCACGCUGAGCAGGAUAAGCUGCGCUGGCGGAUGGAGAGGGCUCAGCUGGAGCAGACGGUGAGAGAGAAUAAGGAGCGGAUGGAGAAGUUGGAGGGCUAUUGGAUGGAGGCUCAGAGCUUGUGCCAGGCGGUGGACGAGCACCUGAAAGAGACACAGACGCAGUACCAAGCACUGGAGCGCAAGUACAGCAAAGCCAAACGCCUCAUCAAAGAGUACCAGCAGAAAGAGAUUGAGUAUUUGAAGAAGGAGACGGCCCAGCGCAGAGCACAAGAGGAGUCAGAGGCCACCCACAAGGUGGAGACAGAAAACCUCCAGGAGAAGCUUACAGACUUGGAGUCAAAGGUCGGUGCUCUGAAGAGCUUGGAUCCGUCGUAAACCUUCCGCUGUGGAAAUGAUGGAGAGAACGACAGGAACGCCUUGAACUCCGCCCACUCUACCCUCCGACCACAUUUUCCCUCCAUGACCUGAAGAGCUUGAUGAACUACAGGAAACAUGCCGAGGGGAUGUUACCGGGGACAAAGAGGGGACAAAACAAACACUGUACCAGACACCUGAGGGACGUCAAGCCAUCAGGAGGCCCUUUUUAUAGUCAUUUGUUAGUCAUCUUCUCCAUUUCUUUUUAAGCGCCCUUAAAAGUAUUAUGAGCCUCUCUGCUCUCGGCAGGAAUGUAGAACCUCUUCGUUAAUAAAUGUUCACUCACAUGCUUGCAGGAGAAACAUGAAACGGUUGCUGGACAAAGAUGGCAUGCCCACAGUGUAGGAUCUGAGCGAGAGGCGGCCUGUAUAGCAGUGACUGUUUGUACAUAUUCUGGCAUAUAUAUAAAUAUUAAAAUCGCUUAAGCAAUGUUUUCUGUGCUGGGGGGAGGAGAAGGCGCAAGGGCUUUACUUUUCACAUCUAGGCAAAUAAUACAGUGAAAACAGUCCAAUUUUUGCAUGGCAAAAUUGCCUUUUUAGGACAAAAUUGGAAAACAUGGUGUGAAAAGUGUAAUCUUGAACAUUUACAGUAAGCAUUCAGGGGCUUCUCAUGUUUGCUUUUUUUGUAAAUGAAAGUGUAGAAUGAGUAGGGGUUUAUGGGUGAUGAUUUCUCCAGUGCUUGUGGUUAGUUGGUGCAGUGCUCAUGUGCCUCGAUCAGCCCUGCAACGUGGUCUGACUCUGACAUAUCAGAGUAAGACUGCUUCUGCAUUAAUCAGAAAUAUGGCCUUGUUUUAUUGCUACCCGAAACCUUUGUCCAGCCCUCUCUGUUUAAGCAGACUCGUCGUGUGUUUACUCCGAUGUAAGUGCACUCAGAUUGUACUAUAGAGUCCAGGAGAAUCCUAAAGUCGUGUCCCUCUGUUGGCUGUCAUUCCUCCUCUCCUCUCUCCUGAUGGACGUGGAUUUAUUCAGUAUUAUCGUCCCAUAUACUAUGAUGAGGAAUCUCCUUGUAGUUGGAUCUUUUGUUCUUUUUAAAUGAGUUUGUACUCCUGGGAAAACUGGAAUUUUGACUCGGCAAUUGAAGGAAUUUGAGAAUUUAAUUAUAUGGUUUUAAGAGAUGCUGAGCCUCAUUCGUAGGACACAAGCAGAUAUGAGAUGUUAAACUCACAUAAAACCACUCUUGGGGGCCAUUCACACUGAACCAAUGUGUUUCCCCUUUCCACACAAAAAAGUUUUGAGACGUGUCAACUACUUUUUUUAAGUUGAACUUAUUUGUAAUUGGAGCAAAAUGCAGUUACAUGUGCAAGAUGCUGAAAAAGCCACAAGACGCCAAUGCAAAGGUCGAUCACGUCCAUCUAGCACGUGUUUACUCAAAAGAAGUGCAGUGAAAAAGAAAAAGGCAUUUUGGUUGAACCAACCCCACGUAAAUGUAAGGGUUACAUUCUACUGCUUUGCUUUUUUUUUUUUUUUUUUUUCACGCAAAACAGAUGAGCUUCGCGUUUGUAAGACACUGUCAAGUGUCAACCCUGCGUUCUUUUCUUCUCCAUUAGUUAAACUGCGUCUCGAGUUUUUACGCGACAGAACGUCUUCUGUGUGAACAGUCCCCAGUUCGUGGAGUGCAGGUUAUUUUCUUUAGUUCAAUCGGAUAGUUGUGUCCUAUUUUAACUGUUGGGCUUCUCACGACAACCAUAUUAAUGAAAGAGAUUCGAGUUGGUUUUUCAAAUGCCAAAAAAACCAUAUUCCCAGCUUAGUAUUGAAAACCUUAUAUUGUAGUUCUUCCCAUUUCCCUCCUUGAAUUAUUUGUCGUUCAGCUUUUUACGAACCGUUCUCAUUUUAUGUGACCGUUCAUUAAGUUUUUGGUAUUUAUUUUUAAUAUUACAAGUAAUGUU